AUGGACUCAAAGGAAGCUGCACGGGCCGCCCUGGAACAGAUUGAGAGUGAUGACGAAACUGCGUUUGGUACUGACUUUGCUACCCGAGUAAAGACUCAGAGGGCACAGGGUUGGCGUCGACUAGGACCUCUUAGCAAGGUGCACAACAUCUCUGUUCACAUGCGCGAUAGCGAUUACCGGUGGACUCAAUUCAAGAAGCGGACUGGCAGAUCGCUAGGCCUAGAUAAUGAUACGCGCUGGAAUUCAUGGUUCUUGCUUCUUGAUGUUUCCCUCAACCUGCAGGAGCACGUGGAGUGGUACCAAAGAAAAUAUUAUGAGGAUCUCCAGGAUGAUUAUCUCACAUCUAAUGAGUGGGGAACCCUGAGGGAGACGCGUGCUUUUCUUCAGCCAUUCUGGAAGAUAACGCAACUCACAGAGGGUCGCUACGCCACCAUUGACCGCACGCUUUUCACGAUGGAUGUUCUGCACAGACACUACACACAGGCUUUCCAAAAGUAUCAAGGCAACACCCCACUGCGCAGCUGUAUCGCUGCCUCUUGGGCCGUGUUCGACAAGUACUACCAGCUCACGGACGAGACCCCUGCCUAUGGCGCGGCUAUGUUGCUUCACCCAUCACGGCGGAUGGCCCAUGUUGAGAAAAACUGGCCCAAGUCAUGGCACAAACCGGUUCUUGACGGCGUGAAGAAGUACUGGAAGGAGCAUUAUCAGAAACUUCCGAUAACAACUACUACGCCCGAGCUACGAGACAAGUUGCAACCGCCCGAUGAGUAUGACCAGGGUGAGGAAUCAAUCCACGAAAUCCACUGGUUGACCAAUAUAUUGACCUCAACACGCGUCAACGUCAACCCACGACUUGAAUUGUUACAUAAUCAACCAAUCCACGGUGCUGCGCAUUUUGAUGGACGAUAUGGAUGGAUUGACCAGUCGUCCAGCAUCGCGAGAAACGGAAGCUCUGCUGCAGGGUAA